UAGCGUGAAUAAUCGUUUUCCAAGCUAAUUGGAUUAUUUACUACGUCAAUGCCAAAUGUCACGAUCGCGUACCCGCUCACCGAGACGGACUGACAUCUCAGUGCCAUAUUGACGGGCCCAAAUCAUUAAUGGACCAGGGUUCCCCAGUCAGGCCAAGAUCACAUGCUCACUCUGUGCAGCGGGAUCAUCGUUCGUCACCGGCCAGGUUACAGAUCUACUUGAAACCAAAGACACGCCACGGAAUUGCGGAUAUCACGACAUUCGAUGUCGCUCGAUUGUCAGGCAGGAAUUAGUCAAAGCGGUGAGUCCAAAGCAAAAAAGCAAAAUGAGAUCUGAUAUGCAGGUCAUUUCAACAAGGGUUAGACCACGAGCAAUAUUACCAGUGGAGAUUUCGACGAUUGAUCGACGAAACAAAAGACCGCACAGAGGUUUUCAUCGUCACAAAUCCCUCACAAACCUCCGUUUCUUAACCUCGGGAUCUUCGGUAAGCCUGUCACUGUCAACCAUUGAACCCCUGUUCCUAUCAAAAAAAACCUUAGCUCUCCCCACUCCAACCACAUGGCAUAUUGGGAUCGGCAGUUAUUUCAACCCAGCAAAUCCAAGCCGCACUGACGCUCACGUCGCCCGCAAGCACAAAAUCUCAGGUUGCGGCAGUUGACGCCUCGAUCUGAUUGGUGCAGGUCCGCGCAGUAAAACAACGAUCAGCGGUAAUCUUCAGGUCCAGGGUAUCAUUGCUCCGUAGAUCAGGUCGGAGAAAUUACAGCAUUGGGAAUCAGAUGCACGAUUAGAUCAUCGUUCUGCAGGGGACAGGCAAGACAAGUUCCGCUGAGACAUAUUGAUGAUUGGAUAUGCAAUAUAAGCUCAAGCUCGUCGAUCUCUUACAGUAGUGAGACGGAAUCUGUGAGAGCUGAACUAUGAGCCCCUCUCUCUGAUUAAUAUACAUAACUAGACCUUGGGGUCCCCCCGCGCGAGAAGCAAAUGUGUUUCUGAUGACUCCAAACAUAUGCUGAAAUUUGUUUUCGUCGUGAGUGCACAAUGUACCUCCGUUGGGCUGACGAGAGUCAUCUAGCAAUGGAUACUCGCUCGAUGCCGGCGGAUAGUUCAUCCCGCUCGGUCGAGAUUCGUGCCAUUCUCAUUACCUUCUCCAUUCUUUCGACCAUCACCGUCGCAUUGCGACUCUAUGUGCGAUAUAAGGUUCUUCAUUCUCUCGGCUGGGAUGAUAGAGUUAUGGCUGCUGCCCAGGUCCUUACGAUUGGAGCUGCGGUGGCCAUCGGCCUAGAGAAUAAUUAUGGGCUUGGACAUCAUACUUGGGAGCAGUCGAAAGAGAACUACGUUGCCUACAUGAAGGCAUUCUAUGCUUCUGUCAUUGUGUAUAAUGUCGCAAUGUGUCUUGUCAAAAUCGGAAUCCUUCUUCAAUACCGACGAGUCUUUGCUAUACCGAUCCUACAGGCACUGACGUUCUACGGACUUGUCAUCAUGAUCGCCUGGACUAUUACAAUCGCUUUCCUUAAUACUCUCAUUUGUGUACCGGUCGCAAAGUUCUGGAACUCGACUUUAGAUGGACAUUGCACUGACCCUUUGACGGUCUGGUACGUCAUGGCUGGAUUCAACCUCGUCACGGAUAUUACUGUCUUCUGUAUGCCGUUGCCCGUCAUUGGAAGCCUGAACCUUCCGAGGAAACAGAAGAUUAUGCUGUUGGCCAUCUUCAGCAUCGGGUUCUUGACAUGCGCCAUCUCGAUCUAUCGUAUCCGAACACUAAAAACUGCCGCUUCAACAAAAGAUCCCAAUUGGGACAAUGUCGACGCCGCGAUAUGGUCAUUCCUCGAAGUCACCCUCGCCAUCAUCUCAUCAUGCCUACCAACCCUCCGGCCACUUUUCUCCAAGCUCAUGCCCAAGCUCUUUGCGUCCUCAUUCGGCCGAAGCAACCGUGCAUCCCACUACGGCUACUCUCGAACACGCAGCAGUCAAAAUCUGCGUAGUAUGUCUCGAAGGCGAACUCAAGACAUCACCCAUGACUCAAUGGACGACACAAGUACCUUGAGAAAAGAUGAAGUACCUCUUCCAUCAAUUACUCAGAAACACUACCGAACAUACCCCGGUGUCAGUGUUAGCAUCAAAGCCGAACAGGGACAGAAUCAUAGCGAUGAGGCAGCGUCGCAGAGUCCUAUGGAGCCAAGCUCGCCGAGUCGAGGCAUCAAAGCCACGACUGUUGUUACGCAGGAGAUCGUGGUAGAGAGACGUGCAGAUGAUGAAUGGAGCCACGGCAGACCAAGUGACAGCGAUGCAACUCUGAGAGAAUGAGAUCUGUAUAUUAUCCGCAACGCAGAAAUGCCAUUCUGCCGCUUCUUUAUGAGACAUGCAUAUUAUUACCUAGCCCUUUAAUGUAAUCUUAAUACACUUCUUUUAUUUUU